GGGUGAGAGGGAGGGAGGGAAGAAGGGAGCGGGUCUGAAAGUGAAAACAGCGGCAUUUCCCAUCGGAGCACAGUACAGUACAGAGAGGGAGAGCAGACUAGCAGACAAGCCGACCUCUGUGUGGAUUAUAGAACUGCAGCAGGAGGGAGAGGACGCAGGACACGGCGAACACAAUGGAGAUUGUACCUUUGAUUCGUUUCGACCACUGCAACUAGAGUACGCCUUUUCCCUUGUGGAAAAAUGGGAAUAGAAACAAGAUCCAAACACUGCAGGGAUCCUGUGGAAUCUGGUCUCCGCUCUGGACAGGAUCAUGAUCAGGAGCCAGCGGCCGUCCCCGUGACCAUGGCCCCGCGGACGAGAAGCCGCCAUGCCCUGGGUUUCCUCUGCUGCUUCGGGGGCAGUGACCUGCCCCCCGAGAUCAACCUCAAGGACAACCACCCUCUCCAGUUCCUGGACUUCUCCAUACCCAUCCCAUCCGCCGAGGAGCUCGAUGCCCGCUUCUCUGAGCUGGUGGAUGAGCUGGACCUCACAGACAAGAACCGAGAGGCGGUGUUCGCCCUCCCGCCGGAGAAGAAGUGGCAGAUCUACUGCAGCAAAAAGAAGGAACAAGAGGAUCCCAACAAGCUGGCGACCAGCUGGCCGGAUUAUUAUAUCGACCGCAUCAACUCCAUGGCUGCAAUGCAGACCCUGUACGAAUUUGACGAGGAGGAGACGGAGAUGAGGAACAAAGUUGUUGAAGACUUGAAGACGGCCUUGCGAACUCAGCCCAUGAGGUUCGUGACCCGCUUCAUGGAGCUGGACGGGCUGAGCUGCCUGCUGAGCUUCCUGAAGUGCAUGGACUACCAGACGUCGGAGAGCGCCAUCCACACCGCCGUCAUCGGCUGCGUCAAGGCCCUGAUGAACAACACCCAGGGCCGGGCCCACGUGCUGGCCCACCCCGAGAGCAUCGACGUCAUCGCCCAGAGCCUGCGCACCGAGAACGUCAAGACCAAGGUGGCCGUGCUGGAGAUCCUGGGGGCCGUCUGCCUCGUGCCCGGCGGCCACCGCAAGGUCCUGCAGGCUAUGCUUCAUUACCAGGUCUACGCCUCCGAGAGGACCAGAUUUCAGACCUUGCUGAACGAGCUGGACCGCAGCAUGGGCCGCUACAGGGACGAAGUCAACCUCAAGACGGCCAUCAUGUCCUUCAUCAACGCUGUCCUCAACGCCGGCGCCGGGGAGGACAACCUGGAGUUCCGGCUGCAUCUGCGGUAUGAAUUCCUCAUGCUGGGCAUCCAGCCCGUCAUCGACAAGCUGCGGGGGCAUGAAAAUGCCACCCUGGAUCGGCACUUGGAUUUCUUCGAGAUGAUCCGGAACGAGGAUGACCUGGAGCUGGCCAAGCGGUUCGAUGUGGUUCACGUUGACACCAAGAGUGCCUCGCAGAUGUUUGAGUUGAUCAAGAAGAAGUUGAAACACACGGAAGGCUACCCUUACCUGCUCUCUGUCCUCCAGCACUGCCUGCAGAUGCCCUAUAGACGGAACGGGGGCAGCCUCCAUCAGUGGCAGCUUCUGGAUCGGAUCCUGCAGCAGAUCGUCCUGCAGGACGAGAAGGGAGUCGAUCCCGACCUGGCCCCGCUGGAGAACUUCAACGUCAAAAACAUCAUCAAGAUGCUGGUAAACGAGAAUGAGGUAAAGCAGUGGAGGGAGCAGGCCGAGAAGUUCCGCAAAGAGCACACGGAGCUGGCCAGCCGCCUAGAGAGGAAGGAGCGUGAGUGCGAGACCAAGACGCAGGAGAAGGACGAGAUGAUGAAGACGCUGAACAAGAUGAAGGACAAACUCCAGCGGGAGUCCCUGGAGCUGAGGCAGGCCCGGGAGCACAUGGCUGAGCUGGUAGCUCAACUCAGUGAGUUCUCGCAGGGCGCCUCCGUCUCCUUCCCUCCGCCCCCGCCCCCCGGGGGACCGUCCGCCCUGCCGUCCGCCCUCGUGUCCGGCGACCUGCCCCCGCCCCCGCCGCCCCUGCCCUUUGUCUGCUGCCCGCCCCCGCCUCCCCCUCCCCCGCCGCCCGGGGCACCCCCUCCUCCUCCGGGGGCGCCCCCCUGCUUCGGCACGCCGCCCCCACCCGUCUCUUCCUGCGGCGGUGGCGGCGGGUCCACGCCAAGGAGGAAGUGCGUCCCACAGCCUUCCCACCCUCUCAAGUCCUUCAACUGGGCCAAGCUGACCGAGGAGAAGAUCCACGGCACCAUCUGGCAUGACAUCGAUGACCUGCGGGCCUUCAAGGUGCUAGACCUGGAAGACUUUGAAAAAAUGUUCUCCGCUUAUCAGAGACACCAGGACCUACUACCCAACCCCGCCCCCUCCAAGCAGAAGGAGCUGGGCUCGACAGAAGACCUGUAUCUGUCCAGCCGCAAGGUCAAAGAGCUGUCGGUCAUCGAUGGCCGGAGAGCCCAGAACUGCGUCAUUCUCCUCUCCAAGUUGAAGUUGUCCAACGAGGAGAUCCGGCGGGCAGUGAUGAGGAUGGAUGAGCAAGAGGACUUGGCCAAAGACAUGUUGGAACAGCUCCUCAAGUUCGUCCCCGAGAAGAGCGACGUUGAUCUGCUGGAGGAACACAAGCACGAGAUUGAGCGCAUGGCCCGGGCGGACCGCUUCCUCUAUGAAAUGAGCAGGAUCGAUCACUACCAGCAGCGACUGCAGGCGCUCUUCUUCAAGAAGAAGUUUCCAGAGCGUCUGGCGGAGUCCAAGCCCAAGGUGGAAGCCAUUCUGCUGGCCUCGAAGGAGCUGACCCGCAGCAAACGGCUGAAGCAGCUGCUGGAGGUGGUGCUCGCCUUCGGCAACUACAUGAACAAGGGGCAGCGGGGCAGUGCCUACGGGUUCAAGGUCUCCAGCCUCAACAAGAUUGCCGACACCAAGUCCAGCAUAGACAGGAACAUCACGCUGCUGCAUUACCUGAUCAUGAUCUUCGAGAAGAACUACCCCGACAUCCUCAACGUGCAGGCCGAGCUGCAGCACCUGCCCCAGGCCGCCAAAGUCAACCUGGCCGAGCUGGAGAAGGAAAUAAACAACAUCAAGAACGGGCUCCGAGCGGUGGAGGCGGAACUGGAUUACCAGGAGCGCCGGACACGGGAAGCCGGGGAUAGGUUCGUUCCCGUCAUGCGGGAUUUCAUCACUGUGGCCAGUUUCGGCUUCUCCGAGCUGGAAGACCUGCUGAACGAGGCCAGGGAUAAGUUUGCCAGGACACUGAAGCACUUUGGAGAGCACGAGGGUCACAUGCAGCCAGAUGAAUUCUUCGGCAUCUUCGACACCUUCCUCCUGUCCUUCGUGGAGGCCAAGCAGGACCUGGACAACAUGAGGAAGAAGAAGGAGGAGGAGGAGCGGCGGGCCCGAAUGGAAGCCAUGCUGAAGGAGCAACGGGAACGGGAGCGGCAGCGGCAGAAGAAGACGCCGGUGGGCAGUCCCACGGAGGAGAGCGGGGAGUUCGACGACCUGGUGCUGGCCCUGCGCUCCGGCGAGGUCUUCGACAAGGACUUGUCCAAGCUCAAGAGGAACCGGAAGCGGUCGGGAAGCCAGGCCCUGGACACCAGCCGGGAGCGGGCGGCCACCAAGCUAAAUUAUUGACAGCAGGGAUGCAGGCAGUGGACAGAAGAACCGGGGUGGGGGGGAGGGUGACUAGGAUCUUAUUCCCACCCUUUCCCUUCAAUUUCACCUCCCCAAAAGACUCCUGGUCCUUCCCAGCCCCCUCCCCAACUCCUCUACCAAGUCCAGAGCCGGAGGGCCGGUUACUGGAGGCCUCUGGUCACCCCAAAAUACUCUGGCCACAGGUGGUCAGAGAGAGGACCCCCAGCUGGCCAUAUGGAAGGGAUAGAUAGGGCCUAUCACGCCCCCCGGCAAGCUGACCGCCCACCAUCCCAGGAGAGGCCCGGACUCGGCCCGGAGAGCCGGACUGACCUCUCGGUGGUCGUCGGCACGGUCCCGUGUCCGGUUGUAGAUCCGCCUUGGGCCUGUACAGUCUCCAGCCCUCCCCCGACCACGCGUGGACAGGGAGGGUCUCGGAGCCAGCCCAGACUGAGACCCGUCAUUCAGAAGACCAAACAGGGUCUUCCAGCUUCGGAACCAAGGGGGAGGAGGCUGGAUCCGGAGCUGGAAGCAAACCCUUCCAACUUGGAGAAGAAAGGGGCGGGGGACGGGGACGGGGUUUGGUGAGGGGGGAAGGUGAACGAGAUGACCCGUAGACCCAGGAAAGUAUUGAAGGGAGGGAGGUAGGAGCCCAGCUAGAAGAGGGUCUAGAUAGUAGGGCCAUGCUUCGUCCACCGGUAGUUAUUUAUCCCUGUCCGGGUUGGCGUCGUUGGGGAGAGAGCCCGGAAAAAGGGGUGCCACUCAAACCCCUAGGACUAUAGUCUGGCCUACCCUUCCAAGUCUUUGAGAGACCCUGGGGGAAAGGCGAGGGACACCCCCCGCGCCCUCCCCGCGCCCCACGCUUCUCCGGCGGGGCUGGGGCCCCCGUUCUGGGAGUGAAGAGUAAGUCCCGAGGGAACGGGAGACCUGGUGGCGGCCAGCUGCCUGGAGCAGCAGAAAGGGAAGGGGAGAAUCUCUUCUCGUGCCGUCGCUAGGCUCUCUGAGAGUCCCCCGCUCCAGCCUUGCAGAUUGGCACGGGCCCCCAACCUGCUACCCUCUUGCCCCCUCAUUACCAGGAUCCCUUUGUGCCCGUCGGCACCAGAAAGCCAUGGAGCGAAUGUGGCGGGACCGUGGGACUUAUUCCCGCUUUUCUGAAAGAGCUGACCCGUCCGCGGUCCGAUUCCUUCUGGGGGGUGAAUUGUUUCGGAGCCCGACGUGCUCAUUCGCGAGAUGGCGUCGGCCUACGGUCCAGCACCGGGUUCCUUUCUCCUGGUGAGAGAGAAAGUCUAGGCCAUGUCAGGGUUAGGGGAGGAUGGGGUCAGAGGUCGGGGGGCCAGAAGGUCAGCGUAGUCAGGGAUGGGGUGGGUUGGAAAAGGGAACAGCGUUCAGUGAUUCUGCAGCACUCGUAGGCGGGAUGGGUCAGACAUAUCCCCCCAUUUCCCCGACUCUGGUCCUCUCUUCCCUCAGUCCUGGGCCUCCUUGCCUCCAGCUCAGCUCCCUCAGAGCCUGAAGCAUGCCUAGUGGAUGCGGCGAAGGUCGAGGAGCCGGAAGGAUCUGGGUUCUAAUCCUGACUCUGCCACACGUCUGCUCCUUGGGCAGCUCACUUAACUUCUCUGCGCCU